AUGGCAACUAUACAUCAGAAUCAUUCGGGUUAUACAUAUAAUGAUAAAAAAGAUCAUCCAAAAAAAAUAACACCUACACCACAUUUUAAUUAUGAAACAUAUUAUAAACAUGAAGAAAAACAACCAAAACAUACAAAUGCUCUUCUUCAAUAUCUAUCUGAUACGGAAUUAAAACAUCGAAAUGAUAAUCUCUAUGAAACUGAACUUUCUCGGUUACCACGACGAACUGAUAUAUUGAAUCGAUAUAUUAAAAUGAAUCCAAAUUUUGAACAUUUAAAUCGUGUAUAUGAGCCAAAUUUAACAAAUAUUGAAAAACAACGUUAUAGACGUUGUGUUGAACAACAACAACAAAAAUUACAUCGUACAAUAAAAAAAUUUGAUUUUCAAACAUCAGAUGGUCAUAAUAGUCAUUAUUUUUUAACUGGUGCUCGUUAUAAUCGUUUUGAUACAGUUGAUUCAAAAAUUUUACAUAAAUAUGGAACAUUUAUUAAUCGAAAUAAUCCAGACCAAGUUGAAAUAAAAGCAUCACAUUUUAAAAAAUUUCGAGAGAUUCUUCAAGCUCAACGACGUUCAAGUACUGGUGAAGUCGUACGAAAUGAUACAAGUCAUGAUACAAGUAAUGAAAGAAAACAUGAAGAUUUAGAUGCUUUAGCAAAUAGAUAUGAACGAAAUUCAAAUCAACAAACAAAUACAAAUCCAGCAAUGUAUGGAAGACGACAUAAAUUACCUGAAAUUAAAGACUCUGCACGAUAUGUUGAUGUUGGAAGUCAAAUGCCUGAACGAAGACGAAAUCGACGUUCUGUUGAUCGAGCCAUGUCAUCUUCAUCAACUCAUCGUAGUAAUCGUCAUCGUCGACAAUCACAACAUCAACAACAACAAUCACCAGCUCAACAAAGUAGUGUCUCUUAUGUUGCCAAUAAAAUUUCAUUUUCUUUGGUAAAUGAACCCAAUCCAAUAAAUGCAACAACACACAAACAAAAUCAAGAUGAAUACGAAAUAAUAAUUACUCAGGAUAGCGAUCGACAUCAUCAUCAUCAUCAUCAUCAACAACACCAUAACAAUUCUCAUGAAACUAAAGAUCAUGUUGACGAAGAUAAAGAUUCCGAGCAAAACAACGAAGAUGAUAAUCCAAUUGUUGUUGAAAAACUUCAACAACGAGCUAACAAUUUAGUUUCGGAUAUACUUGCUUCUGCUAUGGAUCAUAUCUCGAUGAUGUCAGCAACAAAUUAG